UCAAAAUUUGUUUUCAAUCGUAUCGUAUUUUAACCUAUCUUAUUGAAAAACAUCAACAUCACAGGAGUCUAUUGGAGUAUUUAUAUCUUUUCAGACAAAUUGUUUUAAAAAAAACUCCAGUUAUUUAAUUUUUUUUCCAGCUCUAAAAAGAAGUCAAGCACAAUGGGAGAACGGAAGGGAACAAAUUUAUACUAUCCACCGGAUUAUGAUCCUCGUGCCGGUGGUCUCAAUAAAUUCUUAGGUACUCAUGCGUUGCGCGAGCGAGCCCGCAAGCUACACAUGGGCAUUUUAAUUAUACGAUUUGAGAUGCCCUACAAUAUAUGGUGCAACGGAUGUGGGAAUCAUAUCGGCAUGGGUGUUAGAUAUAAUGCUGAGAAGAAGAAGAUUGGAAUGUAUUAUAGUACCCCGCUCUAUCAAUUUCGCAUGAAAUGUCAUCUCUGUGACAAUCAUUUUGAAAUAAAAACUGAUCCUGCUAAUCUGGAUUACAUCAUAGUGAGUGGUGCGAGACGUCAAGAAAAUCGAUGGGAUCCUAAACAGAAUGAGCAAGUAGUACCUGAAACGAAAGAAGUCUCAUGCAGAUUGUAUGACGACGCAAUGUACAAGUUAGAGCAUGGUAUAGAAGAUAAGAAAGUAGCCAAAUCUCGAAAUUCAGCACUGGAAGGUGCAAUAGCCUUAAAUGAGAAUAUUUGGAAAGAUGAUUACAGUUCAAACUGCGCAGUGAGAGCCUUAUUUCGGGAUAGAAAAAAGGAGCUUCAGAAGAAACAAGCUGAAGAUCACGCAUUACUAAAAAAGACUGGAUUAGAUAUUAAUUUGGUAAAUGAACAUGAGGAUGACAUCAAACUAGCAAAAUUACUCACUCAUAAGAAAGAUGCAAGGAAAAAAGGCGGUAUGGAAUUGAAACGAUUAGUUUCGAUUAUACGAUCUAAAAAUAAAAAAAAGAUGUCUUCUUCGAAUGAUCGAUUGAAACUACAAAGCCAGGAAUCACCAAAGACACAGGAAAUAAUGAAUAAUGCUAUCUCCAAAACUAAUAGCUCGAAUAUAUCUCUGGUCAAUUACGACAGUUCCAGUACCGAUAGUGAUACUUAGUAUUUUAUAUAUACCUAUCUCAAAGUAUAUGUAUGAUAUGUAAUAUAU